GUCGCCGUUGUCCGCAAUCGCCAUCCAUCACCGCAGUCGUUGCCAUCCGCGACCACCCCAGCCACAGCCACUGUCGCAGCCAUCCGCGACCGCCUCUCCCAGUCAGCGCCGCCUCACCGCUGCCUGCGAUUUCUUGUCUAAGCAAUUUCAUGUAACUUAGCAAGAUGAGUGAAAUGUUGGGCGGAAACGAUUCUUCAGUAUCGACGGAAGCAACCAAAGGGAGUAGUGCUUUAGAUGCGAGCCGAAUUUCAGAGGUAAAAUCAUGGCUAGUUUCCCAAUUCGACGCUGUUGGGAAGGACAUCCCUGAUUUCGAGUACACUGCACGAAGCGUUGCGCAUUUGCACUAUAUUGAUACCAUUUCUCAGGCCAAAAAUCAAGCCGCUGAGAUUGUAGCAAUGGCAGAUCUUUCUCUUAGGAAAACAGCAGUAGCAAUAGCAAGAUUGACUUACUUGAAAAGGUUUUGGUGCAGGUUUUAAUUGGAUCACAUUCCUUUACUGACCAUGUUUAUGGAAGCACUGGUUCUUCUCCAUCCUCUAUGUAUGAAGAGUGUGUUUUCCCUCUUGUUGAUGCCUUGUUUGAAGGAUAUAAUGCCACCGUUCUCGCCUAUGGUCAGAUAGGUUCAGGAAAGACUUACACCAUGGGUACUGGUUUCAAAGACGGAUGCCAAACAGGAAUUAUUCCCCAAGUUAUGAAUGCUUUGUUCAACAAAAUUGGAACUUUGAAGCACCAGACUGAAUUCCACCUGCAUGUGUCCUUCAUUGAGAUUCUAACCCUACCCACCUGUCUACUAGGUGAUCUUAAUGCUUAUGUAAAAGUGAAAACCUGCAUUUUGACCACUACAGAGCCCACAGUGCAGAUUCUGCAGAAUACUAAAAGAAUUAAGACAGAUGAGGAGACUGGUAGUAGAACUGAUGAAUCUGUCCAAAUAGUUAUAAUAUCUGAAGCACUGGCAAACUUUUUUGGCACCAAUGAAAGGGAAAUGUCUCAAGCAGAGGUCUCAAGGCAGGUCUGGGAAUACAUAAAGGUUAACCAGCUUGAGGACCCUAUAAACUCAAUGGCAAUACAAUGUGAUGCAAAGCUGCAGCAGCUUCUUGGAUGUGAAAGCAUUUCUGCGCUUGGUGUACCAGAAAUGCUGGCACGUCAUCAUCUGUCUAAGAGAUCUUGAGAGUAGUUAGUGCAGUUUACCAAUUGCUUGCUAUGCACAAAAUUUUUUAUCGGUUAAUUAGUAUUAACAUUUCUUAUUGAUUAAAUUUUGUAAUAUACUCUUACUGAGAAUAUCCAAUUAUCUUGCAAUCGAUUUGUCAUUAA